ACUGACAUUACCGAUACAAUUUCGCGGGAAAAACCAUCGCUGAAGCCAGUCCACUGAGCCAGCCUCUACAAUAACACCAAAUUUCCAAUUAUACUUCAAAUAAGGUCCAACCAAAGCAUCGCGAUUGUCGCAGAUUCUUGUAAAGUAAUUUACUAGUUUUCAAUACCCAACUUAAAAUGCCUCCCAAAAUCGACAGAGACUAUACUAAAGACAAAGAACAACUGAAGAUGUUCUUCACUGAAUAUUCAAAAAUGGAUGAUAAGACGGGGAAUAAAAUUUUUAAAUAUCGAGCACAACUUACUAACAUUGCUCAUCGGGAACAAGUAGCAUUCACCGUCGACUUAGAUGACAUCGCUGAAUUAGAUGAUGAAUUGGCCCACGCUAUACAGCAGAAUACACGACGCUACACUACCAUAAUAUCCGAGAUCUUACAAGAAAUAUUGCCCAACUUCAAAACCAGACCAGUACCUCCCAAAGAUGCAUUAGAUGUCUACAUUGAACAUCGCUUACUUAUGGAACAACGCCAUAGAAAUGUUUUAGAUGGUGAAGAGCCUAAGAAUUCUCAUCCUCCAGAACUCAUGCGGCGAUUUGAAGUUUACUUCAGAGAUUUUGCAGCAACCAAAGUCUUACCAGUUAGAGACAUAAAGGCAAUCCACAUCGGGAAGUUAGUUACUAUUAGGGGCAUCGUAACUAGAUCUACAGAAGUAAAACCCAUGAUGUGUGUUGCAACUUAUACUUGUGACCAAUGUGGAGCGGAAACUUACCAACCGGUAGCAUCCAUGUCUUUCAUGCCUCUGCAACUCUGCCCUAGUGACGAUUGCCAAAUCAAUAAGUUUGGAGGUAGAUUAUCUCUGCAAACAAGAGGAUCAAAAUUCGUCAAGUUUCAAGAGGUCAAAAUCCAGGAAGAUAGUGACCAAGUACCAGUUGGUCAUAUUCCUAGGUCAUUGACGAUUUUUUGUCGUGGUGAAACAACCAGGCAAUGUCAACCUGGAGAUCAUGUGAUUGUUACCGGAGUGUUCUUACCGUUAUUAAGAUCGGGGUUCAAGCAACUAACUUCCGGCUUACUCACGGAAACCUUCUUGGAAGCCCAUAAAAUCAUUGGACUCGAUCAAGGUGAUACAGAUGAUGCUUCUCGAGAAGUCACGGAAGAUGAAUUGGCACAAUUAACAGAAGAUGAUUUUUACAGCAAAUUAGCUUCUUCUUUAGCACCAGAAAUUUAUGGCCAUGAGGAUAUCAAAAAAGCUUUAUUACUACUGCUUGUAGGUGGUGUAGACAAACGACCUGAUGGCAUGAAAAUCCGAGGUAACAUCAAUAUCUGUCUGAUGGGUGAUCCCGGAGUAGCCAAGUCACAGUUGUUGUCAUACAUAAAUCGUUUGGCACCCAGAUCUCAAUAUACCACUGGGCGUGGGUCUUCUGGUGUUGGAUUAACAGCAGCUGUGAUGAAAGAUCCUUUAACGGGUGAAAUGAUCCUAGAAGGCGGAGCUCUGGUUCUGGCGGAUCAAGGUGUCUGUUGCAUAGACGAAUUCGAUAAGAUGGCAGAUUCAGACAGAACUGCUAUUCAUGAGGUUAUGGAACAGCAGACUAUUUCUAUAGCAAAGGCAGGAAUAAUGACGACUCUGAAUGCACGAGUCUCCAUUCUAGCUGCUGCCAACCCUGCCUAUGGUCGAUAUAAUCCAAAAAGAACUAUUGAACAGAAUAUUCAGCUGCCAGCUGCAUUAUUGUCGAGAUUUGAUCUGUUGUGGUUGAUUCAAGAUCGGGCUGAUCUAGCCAAUGACCUUAGAUUGGCAAAGCACAUCACCUACGUUCACCAACAUUCCACGCAACCACCGACCGAGGUGCGAACACUCGAUAUGAAGUUAAUGAGGAAGUAUAUUAAACUUUGUAAAAGAAAAGAGCCGAUAAUAACUGAGGAUCUCACGGAUUUUGUCGUCAGUUCUUACGUAGAAAUGCGAAAGGAAGCGCGGAACAGCCGUGACAUGACUUUCACGUCUGCCCGUAAUCUACUGGCUGUAUUACGGCUGUCGACUGCGUUGGCCCGGCUGCGGCUAUCAAACACAGUUGAGAAAGACGACAUAUCAGAGGCGAUUCGUUUGGUUGAGAUGUCUAAAGAUUCUAUCAAUCAUAUUGACGAACGGUCCAACAGACCCGAAGAUCCGAUGGACAGUAUCUAUUAUCUGAUUAGAGACCAGGCUAGAGAUACUACCAUUGUGAAAGUUUCUGAUAUACUGGAACGGUGCAUAAACAGAGGAUUUAAACCAGAUCAAGUCAACGAGUGUAUUGAAGAAUAUGAAGCACUUAACGUUUGGCAAGUGAACCAAGCCAGGACAACAAUAACCUUCGUUUAGUUGCAAGAGUCGAGUCUUUCCAGAUUUCACUGGCUCUUAGCGUCACAUUUUCAUUUCUCAUCCCGUACGAACACCGUUACCCAUGGUGAGUUACAGUAACUUGUUCAAAUCCGACGAUUUUUAUAGUAUAGUAUCUUCCAAGCAGCAUUUGUCACCACAAAAUAUUUAUAGUUGACAAAUUCUUACAAAUAUCAGUUCACUCAAGUGUUGGAUACAGUAAUUUAACUAAGAAUAGCAAUACUAAUUCUUCAUUUGUAAAAGUCUAGUUUCAUGAUUCAAUUUGUACUGCCGCAUUGUGCCUUUUUAUAGAAUAAUUUUAAGGAAAAAAUAAAAGAUAUUCAUUUA